CUUUUUUAGGCUGCAGCGAAGCUCCGGUGAAACUCCCGGGCGCCGACGAGGAAGGAGGCGGAAUUCCUGGUGCUACCGCCGCGCUCGAGUGGGUGCCACGCCGCGGAUAUGGGUCACCUCCAGCAGCCUUGGCUGGGGGUCCUGGUCUUGGGAGGCGCUCUGGCUGUCGCCUCUGCCACAGUGACAAGCCAAACUGGCUUUUCAAAAGGAAGAAGCUUUAUUGGUCAUAAAACCAAUUCAACAAAUAAUGAAGCGUACACCAUAGAUGACUUUGCUGUCAAAGUCCUUACAGGAAAACUGACCACAGUUUUCUUCCCUGUGAUCUACGUUACAGUUUUCAUCAUUGGCUUGCCAAGCAAUGCCAUGGCUCUGUGGGUUUUCUUCUUCAGAACAAAGAAGAAGCACCCUGCAGUGAUCUAUAUGGGUAACCUGGCUCUGGCAGAUCUCCUCUUUGUAAUCUGGUUCCCCCUGAAAAUUGCAUACCAUAUUAAUGGCAACAACUGGAUCUAUGGGGAAACCUUAUGCAAAAUACUUGUUGGGUUCUUUUAUGGAAACAUGUACUGCUCCAUUCUUUUUAUGACAUGCCUCAGCGUGCAAAGGUAUUGGGUAAUUGCAAACCCCAUCCUGCACUCAAGAAAGAAGUCAGAAAUUGCUGUGAAAGUUUCGAUUGCAGUAUGGAUACUGAUAUUGCUUGGCACAAUACCACUAUAUCUUGUUGACCAAACUGUUUAUAUUUCUCACCUUAACAUCACCACUUGUCAUGAUGUCUUACCUCAGUCUGUGUUGGCCAGUGACAUGUUUAACUACUUCCUUUCCCUGGCCAUUGGGGUCUUCUUAUUCCCAGCUGUUCUCACAACUGUGGCUUACAUUCUCAUGAUAAAGACUCUUAGUGCUUCCAUGACAGACAUAACUAUUGGGAAGAAAAGGAGAAGAGCCAUCAAGCUCAUCAUUACAGUGCUUUCUAUGUACUUGAUCUGUUUCCUGCCUAGCAAUAUUCUGCUUGUGGUCCAUUAUGCCCAGAUCAAAAGCAGUAGCCUCGGUAACAUAUAUGCAUUAUAUAUCACAGCACUUUGCCUUUCUACUCUAAACAGCUGCAUUGAUCCAUUUAUCUACUACUUCAUUUCAAAAGACUUUAGAGAUAAUUUGAAAAAUGCCCUCCUCUGUCGAAGUGUGCGCACUACCAAGAGGAUGCAAGUCUCCCUCUCUUCAAAGAGAUACCCAAGAAAAUCCCCCUCUUAUUCCUCCAGUUCAAACACAACUAAGUCAACGUAUUAAAUGUGUGCAUCUAAGACAGGAAUGACUGGAUUCCCAUGGAUGGAACAUUAAACUGAAGUCCAGUAACAUCUAAAACAAAUGUUCACAGCUGGUAAACUUAUUUUCUAUACAGAAUCAUAUGAACAAGCAUGUUCUUUACAAAGGGAAAAACCAAAGUAGUACCCCUGAUAUGGAUAAUACUGUUAUUUGAGUGUGGUUUUGAGACUGCUACAAGACAGGAUUGUUUUUACAAGUGAUUAGCAGAUGUGCAAAGAAUACUUCCAUGUUUGGGUUGAUCAAUCAAGCAUUUUGCACCCAGAAGCAAGUGGCAGUCCUAACUAAUAGUUAACUGGUUUGAGCUUUUAGGCAAGUUCUGUUCUGCAAGAACAGAAGGGGAACUGUACAAUGAAUAAUUGUAUGUGUUUGCCAAAUCUCUUUUCCUAAUCCAGGAUCCAUGAAAGCCCUGGAAUAUGGUAUUAUUGAUAUCCCAGUGACUGUUCUUUGCACUAAUAUACUUAAUAUCUUUAUUUUAACUAUGCUGUGAAUAUGCAAUGUUUCCAGUAAUGUAGCAUGUAAUUGUAUGCUUACUUCAAUAUUUUAAAUGCUUUUAAAUUAAAUAAAGGAAUACUUUUAUAUA